AUGGCAGCUGCAAUGACAGUAUCAAAUAAAUCUUCUCUUAUUAAUUCAUCACAACAUUCAUCACCAGUAAUUAAUCCAAUAGAAUCAUUUUCUCCAACUUCAUCAUCAACAACACUUUCACCUGAAUCAUCCAAUUCAAUGUCAUCACCAGAUAAAUCAUUUGUAUUAAAUGAACACCACCACCAACAACAAUCAAUUCGUCUUGUUGAUUAUUUUGUGGUUUGUGGAUUAGAUAAAUAUCUUGAUGUUGAACCUUUAUCCGAAUUACCUAGUAAAAAACUAAAAAAAAAUGUUUCAGUAGGUGAACAAGUUUUAAAUCCAUUUCAAUGUUCAUAUCGAUGUCGUGUAUUAUGUCAUUAUCCACAUGAAGUUCCAAAUAAUCCAUUUGAUGAAGAUGCGAUUAGUCGUUCGUCAAUGCCAGAUGGUAUUUCUAUUCGACUAAAUUCUCCUGAUCCCCCAACAACACAUCCUUUUUUAAUAACACGUCUUGAUGGAACACGUUAUUAUGGUGUUGCAUUAACAUUUUUUGAACAAAUAAAUAAUGAUGAUGAAAAUAUUUCUCAAUGUUCAUCAUCAACAGCAUUUAUUUCUUUAAAUCGUUUAAUUGAAAAUUAUAAUCGAACAUGUCGACAUCAACGUCGUUCAUCAUUAUUAAUUUAUGCAAGCAAAACUAUUUGUUUAAUUGGUCCACAAGCACAUUAUUCAAUAUUUAAACGUAUUUUAGAACUUCUUUAUCGUAUGACAAUUGAACAUGAUUUAUAUAUACCAUCUCCAUCAUUAUCACAUUCAGCUCUUAAAUUUAAUGUUGGUGAAAGAGAAUUAACUGUUUGGCAACCAAGUAUUCAUGAUAAUGAUUUACCUUUAUUAGAUUUUAAUUUAUUGGAUUUUUUUUCUCUAUUGGGCGUUGUUGAUCUUGUUACAUGUGCUUUAUUAGAACAUCAGAUUAUUCUGAAAUCUUCAGGUCUUCAUUUUUUUUUAAUUCUUCAUUUGAUAAAACGAAUUUUUUUAUUAUGCUCGACAAAAACUCAAGUUCAUAAUAGCUGUUUAUACGUAUGGGCAAGAUGGUCUCGAUCUCGUCGUGACAAGUAUUGGUAA